UGUACCCUCUGCGGUGGAGACGAUCGUCUCUAAGGCAGCGGCGAUGACAGCUCUAGCUCUGUCCUGCUGCUGCGGAAGGUUAAAAGAACGACAAGGCGAAUCGCUUGUUGCAUAUCUUGUUGCAAGUGAAACCAUUCCAACGCUCCCUAAAAACGACCGUUGUGUACUGACUGGACCCAUUGGGUCUCUUAGCUAUAUCAGUCAUACAUGUACUUCAAAGGAAAAGGGUACAUGUACAAUCGGGUACAAGUCCCCACGCCGUCCCCAUUCGGGGACUAAUCUGAGUGAUUCACUGGCGCCAAAUUGGAACAAUGGCUUCAUCGCCUGCGCUUCUCCAUCUUAGCUAGUGCAUGUAGUGACUCCGUUGUCUCCGCAGCGGAGACUUUGCAUCGCAUUACUUGACAAAUUUGUAAGAAGCAAAUCCCCAUAAAAAAAAAUCCAUCCUCUUCAAUCCUCGCCAAAACCGAUACGUCACUGAUUAUCGAUUUCCUAACGCUUUCCUCAGCAAUGGCGUCGACGGUGCGUAGCUUCGUGCCUGCGACUCUGGCUGUGGCGUUCUGAACUGUUCGGCUUUUUGUCUGGUGUUGUAGAGUGGCAGUGAGGAGGCUUCCGAGGAGCAAUGGGACGACAUGGCCAUCGUGCGGGCGUUUGAGGAGGCAUUGACAGACCAGCGUGCGCGGAACACUACAUCUGUCAAGCCAAGUGGCAGGUGGGGCGGCGUCUGCAGCUGAAGGACUCUAGAUAUGGUAUUGGACUCACGUUGCUCUCUCUGCUCAUAGGAAGCAUAAAGCGGUGACACGCUCGAACGGCAAGAAGGCUGCAAGAAGCGUGUCUAUCGAGGAAGACGAGGAGCAACUCGGACAUGGCCAUCCAGCGAGGUCUGCAGCAGCGGAUAUAGGAAUGUACGGACAGCCGAACGCCGCAGAUUUCGCAGGAAAUGCAGCUGGAUUCAAUCCGUUCGCCUAUCAACCGCAACAGCAUCCACAGCAAAAACAGCAGACGUCGAGCGACGUGUACCAGGCUGCGUACGCUCAAGCAUACGCCCAGCUUCAAGCUCAGUUCCAGGCUACGUAUCCUGCUGCAGCACCUCAGCAGCCGUAUGGACAAGGCGCACAGAUACCUGCAUUUCCGGCGCAGUCGUCGUACUAUCCACCACCGCCGCCGAUUUCAUCAAUGCCGACGCCAUUCCCGGGUUUGCACGGUGCUUCAGCUCCAUUCUCAGGGACGACACCCAGCACUACAGGGUCAGACGACGGCUUGGCGGACGUUCUCAUGGCAUGGUAUCAGUCAGGAUACUACACCGGCCGCUUCCAAGCCAUGCAAGAGAUGAAGAUUCGCGGUCGCCGAUAAAAAAAAUAGUUUGUUAGAAGUCCCGUCGUAGCAGCAAUUGGAGCAGCUCGUCACAGUUUUAGAGCGGUGCACAAUGACCGGAGCGAAAAGAAACGGCAGGUUGAUUCGAUCUUUGAUGCAUACUCAACGCUCUCACUAAUACAAAGCUCCGUCGCUGCAUCGCUUAUCAGUAGGUCCUCAGCUGCUAUGCUCACUGGCGCUUCUUGAUCGCGGC